GGUUUUGUGUGUGUUAGAAAUGGGCCAGUGGACUAGAAUGUGGUCCAUGGAGAGGGUUGCUUUCUUGAAGUCGUGGCUUGUGUUUUCCCUGGGGCUCUACAUGCAGUUUUCCAAAGCUCUGGCCUGUCCAAGUGUGUGCCGCUGUGACCGAAACUUUGUCUAUUGUAAUGAACGAAGCUUGACCUCAGUGCCUCUUGGAAUACCGGAGGGUGUAACCGUACUCUACCUCCACAAUAACCAAAUUAAUAAUGCUGGUUUUCCUGCAGAGCUGCACAAUGUCCAGUCUGUGCACACUGUCUACCUGUAUGGCAACCAGUUGGAUGAGUUCCCUAUGAAUCUACCGAAGAAUGUUAGGGUUCUCCACCUGCAGGAAAACAACAUCCAGACUAUUUCUCGGGCUGCUCUGGCACAGCUGUUGAAACUGGAAGAGUUGCACCUGGAUGACAACUCCAUCUCUACUGUAGGAGUUGAGGAUGGGGCAUUCCGAGAAGCUGUCAGCCUCAAGCUUCUUUUCUUGUCCAAGAACCACUUGAGCAGUGUACCAGUUGGCCUUCCAGUAGACUUGCAAGAACUACGAGUUGAUGAAAACCGAAUUGCCAUCAUAUCGGACAUGGCCUUCCAGAAUCUCACAAGCUUGGAACGUCUUAUAGUGGAUGGCAACCUCCUUACCAACAAAGGAAUUGCAGAUGGCACUUUCAGCCACUUAUCCAAACUCAAGGAAUUCUCUAUAGUACGGAAUUCACUGACAUACCCUCCCCCUGAACUCCCAGGUACAAAUCUACUGAGGCUUUAUCUACAGGACAACCAGAUAUCACACAUACCACUUUCAGCCUUUUCCAACCUCCGUCAGCUGGAGCGACUUGAUAUUUCCAACAAUCAGCUCCGGAUGCUGUCCAAAGGUGUCUUUGACAGCCUUCACAACCUGAAGCAACUCACAGCAAGGAAUAAUCCCUGGCUAUGUGAUUGCAGUAUUAAAUGGGUCACUGAAUGGCUCAAGUUAAUUCCCUCCUCCAUCAACGUUCGUGGAUUCAUGUGUCAGGGACCAGAACAUGUCCGAGGUAUGGCCGUCAGGGAACUCAACAUGAAUAUACUGUCAUGCCCCACAACUACCCCUGAUUUGUCAUUGGUUACCCAAGUUCCCACGACAUUCCUGCCAACUACAGUUGCCCCUACUUCAUCAGUCCUAACCCCAAGUAACAAAUAUACCCCUUUGUCCCCUAUUGUAUCCACACUUCCCACUGUGCCUGAGAGGAACAUUGGAGAAAAAGUGACCUCUCCCAUGUUUGAACGGUUUCAACUCUCCAUCCAUGUUGUGAAUGACACUUGCAUCCAAGUUAGCUGGCAGACCCUUUAUUAUGUAAUGUACAAACUUACCUGGGUUAAAAUGGGUCACAGUCUGGAAGGAGGCAUUAUUCAGGAACGGAUAGUUCACGAUGAGGGGCAAAACAUAAGCUUGACAAACCUGCAGCCCAAAUCCACCUAUCGGAUUUGCUUGGUUCCCUUGGAUGAUUUUAAUAAUUACCGAACUGGUGAGGACACUGUCUGUUCUGAAGGUACCACCAGUGCUUCCCUACUAAGCAACGGAAGCAACACUGCUUCCAGCCAUGAGCAGACGACAUCCCACAGUAUUGGCUCCCCAUUUCUAUUGGCAGGCUUAAUUGGGGGGGCCGUGGUGUUUGUGCUGGUGGUUCUGCUCAGCCUCUUCUGCUGGCAUAUGCACAAAAAGGGGCGCUACACCUCUCAGAAGUGGAAAUACAACCGGGGGCGACGGAAAGAUGACUACUGUGAGGCGGGGACCAAGAAGGAUAACUCCAUCCUGGAGAUGACAGAAACCAGCUUUCAGAUUGUCUCCUUAAAUAAUGAUCAACUCCUUAAAGGAGAUUUCAGACUGCAGCCCAUUUAUACCCCAAAUGGGGGCAUUAACUACACAGACUGCCACAUCCCCAAUAACUUGCGGUAUUGCAACAGUGGUGUCUCAGACCUGGAGCACUGCCAUACGUGAUAAUGAGGGAUGGCAAGACCCUACCAACUGGGAGCAAAAACCUGGAGGAAACAGAAUAAACCUACUCACACAGACACACAAAUUACAUUUGAUAAAGGUUACACAGAUGCAUUUGUGCAUUUGAAUACUCUGUAAUUUAUAUGGUGUACUAUAUAAUGGGAUUUAAAAAAAGUGCUAUCUUUUCUAUUUCAAGUUAAUUGCAAAUGGUUUUGUAACUCUUUGCUUUUUAAAUCUUUAAAAAAAUAUAUAUUGCUGAAGUACUGUA